AAGUUUUUCACAUCUGUAGUAAAGUUGACCAAGAGGCCACUCCUCAGUGGCAAGGGAGGGAAAAAAAGAAAACUUAAAGCCGCGCACAUUUUGUACUAUUUCUCCUUUGGGUGUUUUGUAUAUUUCCUCUGGCGUGGAAACGUGUAUUAAAAUCCAGAUUUUAGCGCUCGGACUCUUUUGGAAAUAGCAGAAACGGAUCCGCAACGUAUGACUGUGAAGAUGGGACUUUUGCUUUAAACGAGGCUUGUUUCGUGGAUUUGGGUGGAAAAUGUCAAGUACAGCGCCUGACUCUCAAAACCUGACCCAAAACUAUAAUUCAAAGGAUGAUGACUUUGUAGCACCCCAGGUUCCGGAAAAUACUCCAAAGAAGUUAUCUGGUGCAGUGUUAGUGGAGAACCAGGCGACCAUGGGUCCCCUCACCACCCCCAAAAAAGGAAGGGAAGCAGGAUCUGUUGAUCCAUGGACACCAACUUCCAACCUUAAAAUGCUCAUCAGUGCUGCUAGUCCUGACAUCAGGAACCGAGAGAAGGAGCUGUGCAUGGACAACGACGGGCGGGACGGCCUUGACCCCUCACAGGACAGUGAAAAUGGAGAAGAGUCAGAGAAAAUGAUCAGCAGGAAAGACAAGAGUCUGGGUUUGCUCUGUCAUAAAUUCCUUGCUCGCUACCCAGAUUACCCAAACCCGGCCCUAAACAACGACAUCUGCCUGGAUGAUGUAGCCACGGAGCUCAAUGUCGAACGGCGACGCAUCUACGAUAUCAUGAACGUGCUGGAGAGCCUGCACAUGGUGAGCCGCUCCGCCAAGAACCGCUACACGUGGCACGGCCGCACCAAACUGGCUCAGACUCUGGCCAUUUUGAAGCAGGUGGGCGAGGAGCACAGGUACGGCCAACAGAUGCUGAACAUCCGGCAGCGUCUCCUGGACAAGGAGUUUGACUUUGACGGGGAGGAGAAGGAGAACGAGGAGGUGGUGGACCCUGAGAGCGGGGAGCAGGGACAGAAGGAGCUUUUCUUUGUGGAGCUUCCAGGAGUCGAGUUCAAAGCAGCUUCUGUUAACAGUCGAAAAGACAAAUCUCUGAGGGUGAUGAGCCAGAAGUUUGUCAUGCUCUUCCUGGUGUCGAAUCCUCGCGUGGUCAGUCUGGACGUGGCCGCCAAGAUCCUGAUUGGAGAGGACCAGGGCGCAGAUCAGGACAAGAACAAGUUUAAGACCAAAGUGCGGCGGCUGUACGAUAUAGCCAAUGUGCUGCGGAGCCUGAAGCUCAUCGAGAAAGUCCUCGUGACAGAAGAGAGGGGGAGGAAACCGGCCUUCGAAUGGGUCGGCCCCCAAGAAUUCCCACAAGUCAAAGACUUGGAGAGCGCCGCAUCCGAAUUCCUCCCCAAGAAGAAAUGUGUACUGGAAUCCCGUGCGUCUGUAAACAACUGUGCCAAAAACCUCUUUUCAUCGCCCGGGGCCAAACGCAGCUUCACCCGGCACCCCUCCCUCAUCAAGCUGGCCAAGAGCAUCCAGGACGACCGUCGAAAGAUCAAUUCUGCCCCCAGCAGUCCGGUGAAGAGCACCCCCAGUGACUCAUCAAACACCGACUUCCCGAGCAAAAUGGCCCGACUUGCUGCUAUUUGUAAGAUUGAGCUUGACCAGAAGUCAGGGAGCGGAUCUGGGGAUCCAAAGCCUGCUGCUGUGAGGCAAGAGCCGUCCGCCUCCGUUUCAAAGGAAGCGCCUCAGGCGCCGUUACUAACUCCCACCCAGGAGACCAGAGUCAACACUACUGUCCACCUCACCCCUCACGCGCCGCUGGCAUCCCUGUCCGCGGGCUCUGUCACCUACAUCCCCACACAGUGUUCACCCCUGAUCCCCGUCCUGUUACCUCAGCAGCGGGGGAGCGGGCCCUACGCCGUGUAUUUACGCCAGUCUUCCCCGAAGCCGAACCCUCUGGCCAGGCCGCAGCCGACCAGCCUCGCCGUGCGCUCUAUGACGUUUGAGGACAAGAGCGGACAGAGCCCGACGGGCCAGUAUGCAGCUAAGAACCCGCCAAACUUUAAGGCGUCAGACGUCAGCCCUUUGACGCUCAAGCGGCAUUAUUCAGAUUCAGCAUUAGAGAGCAGCCCCUCUAAAGCCAAGAAGACGGACCCUUUAAAGGACACCUCUCCAAAACUGUGCGACAUCCUGCAGGCGCGUCUCAAAGCUCGUCGUGGCGCUCAGCUCUCAAACCGACCCUCGCCUCGCGCCCUCCACCUGGACCCCGAGUUUGUCAACACCCCCGGUGUUGCUGUCGCCAAUCCGGCACUAGAGCAGAGCUUGGAGACCCUCCUGGACAAAGAGGACAAGACGGCGAACUCUGACAGCGAGGCGGGAUUAACACCAGUCCGAGUCGUCCCCCUCACGCCGGGACAGCUCCACACCGAGACUUUGGUACCAGCUGGAUAUUUGAUCCCAAUCUCCCAUCAGUCCCUCGUCAGCGACAAGGAAACUCAGGGUUCAGGAAGAGAGAGCAACAAGGCCUCAACUCCAACUUACAACAUCUACCAAACACCAACUGCAGGCUCCAGACCCGACCUGGCCCAGGAGAUUACACCCACCAGCCUUCGUAUUCACAAACCCGCCGUCGCUGCAUCUGCUGCCGCCGCCUCACCACACACCGCCCAGCACGCCCACCGGCUCCACAGCCCCAGUCCCGCCAUCCUCAACUUCACCCUGCAGAACCUGGGUCUGAUCUCAGGCUCCAGCCCAGGAAACGGAUUCGCUGCCCCCCAGACUCCGGAGUGCGCCAACACCCUGCCCAGCCCGCUGACCCUGCAGCAGAGAGGCAUGGUUUUCAUCAAACCAGUGUCCCCUGUGCCUCUCCACCAGACGGUGUCAGGGCAGCCAAUGACCCUGAUCAGUGUGCAGCAGCCUCUGAUGACCACCCCCAAAGGGACCGGGCUCCCCCAGCACAGCUUCUUCCACACACCAGUCCCCCUCUCCCCUCUGGCUGCCAUGGUAACCACCAGUGGACCACUGGGCACCAAAACUGUUUACAUCCCUCAGAGGAAGCUGGACGUCGCCACCGAGGAGUCCUGAAAUCCAGAGAAUCCCAGUUAUGACUGUGUACAUUUAUGUGUGUGUGGGUGUUUGUACGUGUUGUGGGUGGGUUUGUGUUUUUUUAUUUCCAGUCUGUUUAGCAUUUUACAGUUUUCAUUACCUCUGAACAUUUCAUCACUGCGUCACUGCCUUCGUCCAGCCAGCUCUACAGGUAGCUGCCAUGCAGAUUUCGAGAUUUCGGCUGUGACCUAAACUCAUGAACACGAUUGUGUGCAUAAUUUAAUGGAUUAAUUUUCUUAAUUUUCUUUGUUUAUUUUAGUAAUUUCUGCUAAUGCAGGUGGUGUGAACAUCAAUUUCCUUUCUUCAGAUUACCAAGAGUAGUAAAAAAAAAAAAAAAAAAGCAACACACUUAAGUCAGACAUUUUUGACUGAAAGAAAAGUUUGAUUGGAAACAUUGUUGAUUGAUUAUUUAGUUUUAAGUUAAACCCAAUGAGAAGAUUUUUGCACAUGUGUACAUGUUACCCCUGUUAAAAAUGGAUUUGUUCAGAAUAUGUGAAUAUUUUGGACUCUAAGACUAAUCACACAUUUUAAAAAGUUUAAUUUAUAAGGGAAUGUUCCUGAUGUCCUGCUAAAUGCAAAAUGCCAACUGAAUUUGAAUACAGUUUUUUCUGUGAAAAUCAUGUUUGUGAAAAUCAGUUUUGUGACAAAUCUUCGCAAAUAUUGGAAUUAGUACAAACAUGUAG